AUGGUCAAAGCAGUUGCUGUCAUCCGUGGAGACUCCAAGAUCACCGGCCAGGUGACCUUUGAGCAGGCUUCCGAGUCGUCUCCCACCACCAUCACCUGGGACAUCCAGGGCCACGACCCCAACGCCGAGCGUGGCAUGCACGUCCACCAAUUCGGUGACAACACCAACGGCUGCACCAGCGCUGGUCCUCACUACAACCCUCAUGGAAAGUCCCACGGAGCCCCAACCGAUCAGGACCGACACGUCGGUGACUUGGGCAACAUCAAGACUGAUGCUCAGGGCAACGCCAAGGGCAGCGUCAGCGACAGCUUUGUCAAACUGAUUGGCGAGCACAGCGUUCUCGGCCGAACCAUCGUUGUCCACGCGGGUACUGAUGACCUCGGCAAGGGCGGGAAUGAAGAGAGCAAGAAGACCGGCAACGCGGGUCCUCGACCUGCUUGCGGGGUCAUCGGCAUUGCCGCAUAA